AGACCGCGAUAUGAAAGUGACUCCUACACCACUCCACAGAAGGAUCAAUUUGUAAGAAAGGGAUUAUUUAGUGAUGAUAGCGAUGAAGAUGAAUCUAAGAGUCCUUUCGAAAAGCACGGGGUCAUGAAAGUGGAGGGUCUAGAAGGUUUCACCAAAAAUCUUCAAAAUCCAGUUGAAGACUUGUAUUAUGUUGUUACUAAAGAGAAGGUUGGGGACAAGAAUUGGGACAAUUUGAUGAUUGUGGAC